UUUCACAACCAGCAGCAGCAGCAGCAGCAGCAGCAGCAGCAGCAGUGAAAACAAAAGAAGCAACUGCGAUAAAGUGCAGAAAACGAGAUCAAUGAGACGGGCUGUUGAAUGGGGAAGGAAGGGAAGGAUGGGGGUCAAACGGACGAAGAACGGAGAAGCAAAAGAAGCAGGCUGAAACAAAACUAAGUAGCCUGGGCCUGGUUGUGGUAGAAGUGGACGAAAACCGGAUAGAUUUCUUUGAGCAUAUUUGAGCUCUAGCGGACGCACACACACACACACAAACACAGGCACGCAUACACAUCGUUAAAAAGGGGAUUGUAAGGGGGGGAGGAAGCAACAGCAGCGAUAGUGGAUGGAAUGUUCUUGUCCACUUGUGCAGCAAAACGGCACACACAGAGCGAGCCUACACACUCUCUGCAUCCCUCCCAGCUCUUUGUGUGUAGCGUGCGCUCGCUCGUGUGUGUGUGUGUGUGUGUGUGUGUGUGUAUGCCUGUGUGUAUUAUUUUUUCCCUUCUUUCUUUCUUCAUUCCGUUUGCAAGCGCAACGGGAACUUGUUUUUCAAGCAGAAGAAUAAGACACACAAUCACACACACACACACACACACAUACAGGCGCGGGGUUGCUGUGCUUGCACGGGCAGCGCUUAGCAGCUAGCAACCAGUAUCAUCAACGGUGUGUAGUAGGCGCGUACACACACAUACACACAAACACACACAGACCAUGCAGGGCCCGUGUUCGCGUUUGUUUGUGCGUUCUCGCGGUAGGCUGGCUGACUGACUGGCUGCUCUUUUCUCAGUCUCCUUCGAGUCCCCCGCGCCGUUCUUUCGCUCACCGUCCUCGCUUCAUCUAUAGUGCGCGCGCGUGUGUGUGUGUGUGUGGACGUGAAUGAUGAUGAUUGUGUGUUCGCGCUUGGUAACAUUCCUGUGUGCUGCCCGUUCAUUAAAUCCACUCCCGCUGUAGUACCCCCGUCGCUGUGCCGUGAGAAAGCAUCGGGGCAUGUGAGAGGCAGGAGGUUUUUUUUUGAUGGUGCGAUGUGUGUUGGUUGGACCGUCUCCCAAGACAGUCCUCAAAUGAUGUGCAUUACACACACUCCGGUGUGGAAAGGCCGAUGAUGUUUACUACGUGAACUGUUGUUUGGCUGUUUGAUUAUAAAGUGUACAGUGACACGAUGCGUGUGCAUAAGUGUGUGUGUGUGUGUUUGUGUUUAUGUAUCGUGAGUUUGUAAAUAUAGUAGUAGUCCAGCAGAGCAGCAGCAGCAGCAAUCCACCACCACCCCCCUCUCCUCUAUAGGCUGUUCUUCUCCGGUGCAAUAGUGUGCAAUUGUAAAUAUAAACGCGACUCUUCUUCUCCAACCAACAGUGCAAUAGAAGUGACAGUUGUAAUCGUGCCCAAGCAGCACUAAAUGGUUCGAUGCAGUGCUUGCGCGUGUGUGCGUUAUCACUCCUUGAAGUGUAGGAGUGCGUGUCACAGUGUAUAAGUGCGGCCAGAGUGCGUGAUGUGAUUAGGUGCAACGGGGAGGUUUUUUUUUUGUUUCUUCAAUAAAAAAAAGAUCAGUUCUUAAGUUAUGUGACACACCUCGCGCAGCUGUUUCCGCUUUGGCUUAUUGUUUCGUUGCCAAGCGUGUGUGUAUGUGUGGGGUGCGAGCGUUUUGUUGUGUAUGCAUCAGGUGAAUGUGGUGUCGUCGCGUCGGUGCCGUUGUUGUGUGGUGGCCACCGCUCGUUUGCUGCAGCAGUAGAUGGAAUCCGCCGCGUGCCCGUGUCUGUCCGCACGGUGAGACCAUGGUCCCAGCAGCAACAACAGCAACAACAACAACAAUGGGCAUCAUCGUCCGGCGAUGGACGCGGUGUGCAUGUGUCAAGCCGUAAAGCCCCCCCCGCACCGUGUGCGCGUGAGUGUUGUGCGGGGUUGUCCGUUCGACGGGUGUGUAGUGCAAUGAUACGAUAAUGGUGUUGGUGCAUGUCGCAUCCCGCGCUACUACGCUACUUGCCGUUUGCCGUUGCUGUGUAGGAGGCGUUCGCAGCGGGGCAGCAGCGUCAACACCACCGAGCCCGAAACAAAACAGAAAACCAACGGCCACAGCGAGCGCGGUGGCGUCGUGUUGAUGUUGAGACCCAGCGGAGGAGGAAGGGGUGGUCCCCAGUUGGCGAGAAAGUGGGCCGACGACGUGUUUCCAUCGCCAGUUUUUGCCCAUGCAGUCGUCAAGACGGGGUUUAGGAAGGAGGAAAUGAAUCAAACGGUCGUGCGUCGUGAAUUUCUGUAUGUGUGUGUGUGUGUGCGUGUUUUGUGCAUCGACAAACAAAUCAUUUUCACGCUUGAUGUGUAGCGAAGUAGUAGCAGAGUGAAGCAAAGAAACAGCAUCACAAACCCGCGAAAGUGGGGGGAGGGGGAAGGGCACGCACGCGAAACAAUAAUACCUCGGCUGCCGCCCCGCGUUUGUGAAUCCUUGUGAAGUAGCUUGACAACAAACAAACAAACAAAUAAACAAACGUAAACCCGAACCACGACGCACGGCAGCGACAACUGCUGCAGUACACAGCGAGCGGGCGGCACAUUACGACAACACCUUUGGGAAGUUUGCCGCAAGCUUUGACAAACACAGUCGCACUGCAAGGACGUGUGUUUAGUUCGGGAAGCAGCAGCAAGCCGCUAGGCGGCAGCUUAACCGUCAAAUCAGUGGAGUGAAGCGACAAAGUACAACAGCAAGGAUAGAUACUGCAAGACAAUUCGGAACAUUGAUAUACUCCGAAAAACGAUAUUCGUAGAACGAGACAGACGAAAAGUACUGACAUCCAGUACACGGAACCGUCGACAAAAUUGCACCGUGAUCAUAAUCGCUUUCACAAUGGCGGACUCUGGUAAAAGGAUGGCAGUGUUGUCCAUGUAGUGUAGAAGUCGCCAUAAAGCUAAUCGAGCGCCUAAAGAAAACAGGUAGCGCCACCAGAAGAUAGGAGAAGCGAACACAAAAACAGCAUUUUAAAAAAAGCAGAAAAUAGCAUAUAUUCAAACAUUAGCCAUAGGAGCGAAAGUGCCAAGCCUUGAUGCGGCCCGUUCUGCCCAACCUGCACAGCUGGGGCAAGCAUGAUACCGCAAAAACAACCGCCGCCAGCAUCAUCAUCAGCAUCAUCGUCGUCCUCAUCGCCAUCGCACCGUCAACAGUCCGUGAAUGCUAGUGUCACAGUGGCCCACAGCAACAGCUCCAGCAUGACAACGACCGUCGUCGCCGUUAGCACCGGUCCCGGAACGGCAGCGACGGUCGGUCCAUCCUCCGGGACAACGACGACGGUAGCAGCGGCGUCGUCGGCCGCGUCCGAGAAACCCGUCACCCAGAAUGCGACACCACGGCAGCACCCGAAAAAGCGCAAGUUCGAUCUUGCCGAGCUGGAGGAAAUGGAAUCACAUCGGCCGGUACCGCCGCCCCCGCUGCCAGUUCCACCGGCCGCCACGCCCGCACUGUCGCCUCCGGGCGGGUCCAACGGAGCGAAACAAGCGACAACACAGCCGAUGGACACCGGAGGAGGAGGAGGAGGAGGAGGAGAGGAUGACAGAGAGGCCGGGAAUCGUGGUGUGCUGUACGAGCAGUCUGCUGUCGCAUCGCCACACGCAUCUUCUACCGGAAACAUCGCGGUAUUUAAGAACGGCGAGCCAGAGGAAAACGGAAACUUUGGUGCGUACCAUCAUCAGCAGCAACAUCAUCACCAUCACUAUGGUGCUACCAAUGGUAGUUUUGGUAGGGAAGGUGACAGCCCUGGCAACCAUCAUGCCACCGACGUACGGACAGGCAACAGCAUUUCCACGUAUGAUGCGCCUGUGCACCAUUCGGACCGAUCGCACCGUGAGCCGGUGGACAGUCGGGAGCGGAUCGUGAUGAACUCGGUUAGCCACCGGUCGCAGCCAAGCAGCAGUCCCGGUCAGGGCCCGCAACCAGCAGGUUCACCCGCAAGCAACGGUGCCACGGUGGUACACAACGCACACCAGCACCACCGUGGCAGUCCGGGCGCAAUGAUCAAUCUCACCUCCGUCCCGACCACUGCAACGCUGCUAACGAUGGUACCGGCCGGUGGGAAGGCACACCAGAUGCAGCAGCAGCAGCGUUCGUCGCUCUAUCCGCAUCAGCUUCACCAGCACCAGCAGCUUGCGUCGGGGCGGCAGAGUCCGGGCAUGAUGAUCGCUGCCAGUAGUAGCAUAAGCAGUAGCACUAACAGCAGUACCAGUAGCAUUAAUAAGUGUAGCAGUAGCAACAACGGUGCCACCUCGACCUCUUCCCCCUCUCCCUCCUCCUCCUCCUCGUCCACCAUCGCCACGAUGAAUCGAUCUCAGAGCUAUACCAUUUCCACGAUCACGCUGCAGCCGCAGCCGACCGCGUCGACGGCAGCGUCACCGUCACCCGGUGCCAUCGAAUCAUCUAGCCAGCUGCAUCAGCAGCAGCAACAGCAUCCAGCGAUCGGACACAAUCGGCAGAUACUGCUUGCGGUCGAUCCUGCCACAAUAAGGCACCAUCAGCAGCAGCAGCAGCAGCAACAAAUUUUACGAUUGCAGCCUUCGUCCGCCACACCGGAGGCGUAUUACGUGAGCAGUAAGAAGCUGCACACGAUGCCAUCGUACGGCUCACCGGGAAGCUACAAACCUUCCCCGACGCCGCCAUCGGCCGUUAGCAGCGGGAAUGCCACAUCGACACCGUCGCCCGUCCAUCACCACUCGGGCCCGACGUCGUUCUCCAUGCCGCAGCAGCAUCACUACCAACAUCAACAGCCGGGUCACCAUUCCCAGCAGCAGCAGCAGCAACAACAACAGCAGUUCCGCCAACAGUCCCCACCGGCACCUCCUCCAUCGUCCUCGUCCAGCACCACCGUUCAACUGGAGCCAGUUCAGCUUUCGGCGGCCAGCGGACAGCAGCAACAACAGCAGUACAGCACUGCCCCCGUUGCACCCGCUUCCCCACUGAUCGACCUCAGCGAAUGGAUCAACCAUCGGGUGCUGGCCCGCCGGAAAGACGUGUACGAUUCGGGUCGCAUACGGGCGACGGCCGCCCCGGGGACCGUGGUCAUUGGGUUCGACGCGCCUGAAGGCAGCCAUCAAACGUACGAAGGUGUGCUGGACGAUGUGCACCGCCAGCAGGAUAUCAUCGACGACGUGUGCCCGGCGCUGGCCGAUCUGCAGCCGGGUGUGAGGGUGUGCGUUAGGGCUACCUGCGUCCAUCCGCAUCCCGUGACGUCCAACGGGGGGGACGUGUUUGUCGAGGGCAUUGUGAAGGAAGUGCACGGCAACAAGAAGCAGUUUUCGGUGCAGAUUGCGGGCGGCUCGAUCGCAGACAAGCAGGAGUUACGAAUAGUGAAACGGGUUGAUAUGCGCCUUCUGAAACCGCCCUGGUGGGACGAGCUGGAAGAUGCGCUGGACAGCUAUAGCGGUGGCCACACGGUGUCGGCAGUAGAUUGUGGCCCGAGCCGGCGUAACACAAUCGAUCAUCAUCAUCAUCGUUCCCAUGAAGGAGAUAGUAGCACCGGAAAGUUGCAACAGCAGCAGCAGCAGCCACCCGCCAUAGUAAGCUACGUCCUAGCAACGUCGACCAACAGCGAACAUCAUCUACACGGCAGUGGUGCCGGAACAGCAGGACAGCAACCGCCCGCCGGCACCGCUGCCACCAUCAUCUACACAAGUGGGGCACCGUACAAAAACAGCAUCAGCAUAACGCAGGGUCGUGGUGUGGCCAGUGCCGGCCUACGGUACGAUCCAUCGCUGGGAGCAGCAGCGGCAGCAGCAGCCGGAACGAGCGAUCAACAGCAGCUAAAGCAGCAGCUCCAUGUGCCAUUGCAAUUGCAGCACGUUCUACCAGCAGCAGGAGCAGGAUCGGGUGAAGAGCAACAGCACCAUUACCGCAGCGCUGCCACCUCACCAUUCCAGUCCGUGCAGCUCACGAUCGGCGGCGCUGCUACGGAUCAUCGUGAACGGGAUGGGGUGGAUACCGCACACUACACCACUGCUGCUGGUGCUGGUGCUCACGCGCGCUCUCAUUCGCUGCAUCACGUGUCGCAUCCGGUGCAGGUCGGGAUGUCUCCAGCGCCGGCCCACAGCAGCAGCAGCAACAGCAACACGAUCGGCAGUGGAGCUUCGUCAGCAUCAGUGUCGGGUGGUGGUGUCGCUGGUGGUGGUCCUCCCAGCAGCUCAGUAUUAAGGACGCUCAGUCCGGACGAUCUGCGCAUCGCGAACCGCAGUUACGACAACGAGAGUGACGACGAAGUGCGCAGCAGUUUUCCCAUGGAAGGAGAAGCGGAAAAAUACUCAGGUAGCAGCAAGCGAAGCAGUAUGCAAAGCCGUGGAAGUACCUCAAGCUUACUGGACCAACGAAGUACACCUCGAUCUCAACCUGCAACCCCAAGAUCUCAAGCGGCCACACCGCACCGGUUCAAGAAGGGCGACGUCGUUUCCACGCCCACCGGCAUACGGAAGAAGUUUAACGGCAAGCAGUGGCGCAGGCUGUGCUCGAACGAAACCUGUUCGAAGGAAUCUCAACGACGAGGCUACUGCUCGCGGCAUCUCAGCCAGAAGGGUAGCAAUGCGCUCCGGUCGUCCACCAGCUCGGUGACGAAUCAUUUCAACAGUAGUCGAUCGAGCAGCAAAACACAGCUAGAUGAGGAAACAUCUAGAGAUUCGGAAACUUCACCCCAUUACCGUGUGGCGGGACGGUUCGAUCAGGACGAAACGGAUGCGGCCAAUAUGCUGGUAUCACUUAGCAGUUCCCGCUCAGCGACACCGAGCAAUUCGUUCUCCUCGCCAACUGGGCACGGAUCGUCCCCGCUGGCCACACAAUCGCCGGUAAUGAUUGGCAACCGGCAGAACCUGUUUCUGCCGAUCGGCAGCCCGGCACCGUCCAACGAUCCGCACGGCAGUAUCGGCAGUGGCGGCAGCAACAAGUACAAAACGAAUACUCCGAGCCCGAGCCCAGCGCACGUCAUUGGCGGCGGUAUCGGCAUCGUUGGUAGUAGCGGGCCUGCUGGCAGCGGCCAUCACCAUCAGCUGAUUCGACCGGAGUCGCUGCGGCCAACGCAACCGGCGGUCAGUGGUGCCGGCGCUGCGCCACCACCGACCGGUCACGCGACCAGCGUUAUACGUAUGUCGCCCCUGUACUCCCAGCAUUCGGCCCAUCCGUCGGCGAUUUACGCUAGCUAUCCUGUACAUGUGGCAGGCGGUGGAGGUAGCUCAUCAGCGGCACAAACGAUUAACGCUUCUUCACAGCAACAACAGGCUGUAAGUGUGGAAGCUGUAUCGUCUAAUGGCGUUGCACAACACCAACAGCAGCAGCAGCAGCAUCACCAGCAGCCGUCGCAACAUCAACAGCAGCUACAUCAGCAACAGCAAGAGCUGCAGCAACAGCAGGAACCGCAAGAGCAACCUCACGCGCUGGUAACGACCAGUCGAUCGCAACCGAUCUCCGGUCCGGCACAGCACGUUGCGCAAUCAGCGUCGCCGGCCGCCCUCCACCAUCAUACGAUCAUACAACAACAGCAGCAACAGCAACAGCAACAACUGUCACAGACGACCUCCCAACAACAGCACACAGUGUUAUUAACCAGUCAACAUCAGCAAUCCUUAACCGUGCCAAAAAACGGCAUUAGCACGGGUUCCACCUAUCAAUGGCAUGCAUUGCUUCCGAUCAUAAACAGUCCGUCGGCGAUCGCCAAGAGCAACCUCCAUCCACAUCAUCAACACCACCACUACGCGCACAUGGCGCACUCGCAGGCCUACGGACCAGCUGCUGCCGCAGCAAACACUGCUGCUGGCCCACCAUCAUCAGCGGCAACGACGGCGGCGGUUGCCUCGCAGCAACCAUCGCCGAUUGGAAGCUCCUCCGCAACGACAGCCAAGCCGUCGUCGGCGGGCGCAUCCUCGAUGGUCAUCGUGCCGUCGAAGGUGUACUCGCCUACGCCACCGCCUCCUCAGCCAGCCGCCGGGGAGGAGAUGGUUUCGAUCGACGACGACGACCAGGGAGACGAUGAUGUCUUUGAAGCAGAGCCCGUGAAAACAGCAGCACCCAGCACGAAAAACUCUACCGCACAAGGUGGAGUAGGAGAGCAGACAAGUAACCGGUAUGCGGCCGGUAACGGUAAUAAUGGUAGUGGUGGAGGUGGUGCCGGAAGCCAUCAACUGUUGCGCGGCAUGGACAUAGAAGCGCCGGUCACGGUCACGAACAGUAAGACAAGUUCGGCCGAGAGUGCCGAAUCGAUCGCAAAGCGACGAACGCAAUCGUGCAGUGCAGCGCUGCAGGCCGCCGCCGCUGCAGCGAACGGUGGCAGCAGCGGCGGUGCCGGUGGUGGCGGAAGUGGCAGCGGUACGCCGAAGGAACCGCAGAGUCCGCUGAGCAACAAGAAGGACGCUAAAAUACGGCGCCCGAUGAACGCGUUCAUGAUUUUCUCCAAGCGCCACCGGGCGCUGGUCCACCAGAAGCAUCCGAACCAGGACAACCGAACGGUGAGCAAGAUCCUGGGCGAAUGGUGGUACGCACUGAAGCCGGAAGAGAAAACCAAAUACCACGAGCUGGCGAGCGAGGUGAAGGAGGCACACUUUAAGGCACAUCCGGAGUGGAAGUGGUGCUCGAAAGAUCGCCGAAAAUCAUCCUCCUCAGCGAAGGAGGGGAUGGUUGGUGGCGGCGUGCCUGCGUCCGGCAGUGGGCCGGGCGGGUUAGCAUCAGCGGGAGGUAACAGUGGCCGGGGCCGCAUGGAUUCGUUCGACGGGAACGAUUCGUUCGACGAACGAAGCCCCAAAACGCCGUCCGACGUGGCAAUGCCUUCCGUUGGGGGAGGAACGUCGACCGGAGGCGGCAACGGAAGCCAGGCGAACGAUAUCAUUCCACUGACCGUUGCACCGUACAACACAAUUGACGAAACACCCGAACCAGCGUCCGGUGUGAUGAUGAUGCUACCACCGACAACGACGGCCAACCACGGAUCCGUGGCUUCGUGCAACACUGGCAGCCAACAUAAUCCGGAACCGAUGGUUGUCGAUGCGGCAAGCCGCUCCUCCUCGCCGUCCCACCAACGGUACGCCGAGCCGGAGGGACGGGAAAAGAACGACGAACGGAUGGAUAUAUCCAUUACCGAUGAGCAGAUGGACGAGGGGGGUGAUGCUGCUGAAGACGAUCAGCCGAUGACGAUCGCGGACGACGAGUCGGUACCGCGAAAGGCACCACCGUCCGCGCAAUCAUCGAACGAUGUGGCGGAGCUCGAUCUGAAAUGUGCCGAAAAGGUAAGCGACUCGGAUGUGGAAGACAUCUCCGGCAACGCCAAGGGCAAACAAAACCAUGGGGAGAUGAGCUCGUCUCAAUUUACUGCUAGUUCUUCCACCAAGGUUUCACAAUCGACGGUUUCAAACGACUACCAUCACGGCAGCAAUGGGGAUGUAGCGACAGAUUACUCCAUAAAAACACUGACGACGGCAGGCAGCAACAAUGGUGGCCAACCACCAACAACACCCGGUGGGCCCAAUUCCGCCUCGCUCGACGCCUCUUCCACAUCGUUACUGACGUGCAAACCGAAACCAAUCAAAGCGGGUGCGAUCGGCAACAGUACUACUACUGCUACUACUACUACUACUGCUACUGCUACUACUACUGGCGGAAGUAACACCGCUGGUUCCGGUGCAGAUAGCAAUGGCAGCAGUGGUGGCAACAACAGCGUAACUGCUGGAAAUGGGGCCAGCGGACAGGGCGGUACCAUGUACCAGCAUCAUCACUCGCAUCCUCACCAUCACCACCACCAUCCGAUCGGGUACGCGUACAGCAGUCCGAAGAACCCGGUUGGUGUUUCACCAUUCCAGCCAACAGGAGGAGCAUUUAAAACGAUGCCACAAAGUCCGAAAACCCUGGGCAAGCAGGAUCAUCCAUCGUAUUUGCUCUCGCCAGCGCCAUCAACGCCGACGGCGUCCACAAUUAAGAUGGAACCGGCAGAAAAUCUAACCACCAGCAGCAGCAACGGCGGUACCACCCGUAGCAAUGUCGAUACCAUCUUCAACUUCUCAUCCGCUGCCAUAAAGGAACAACAUCUGCAGCAGCAGCAGCAGCAGCCAAACUCGCUGUACCACGGUGGGAACGAUCAGCAGCAGCAGCACAAAUUUCUACUGGCCGUUAGCAGCAGCAGCAGCAGCAGCAGCAGUGUGGCAGAGCCAUUGUCGGGCGCGGCGGCCGCAAACUCAACGUUGACCGUUACACCGCCGAGCAGCAGCUGCUCCUCGGAGGGUGGGGCAAGUAGCCUCAGCAACAGCAGCACCAAAUGUAAAUCGCUGUUAGAGUUUAAUCCCACCAUUUGUUACACGAUCUCGAACGUUAACGGUAGCCAUGCGACCGCCAGUAGCAAUGCAAACCAUAAGCCUAGUACUAACGCAAUAGUGAUGAGCAUGAAGCAAGUUCUACCGGUGGCAUCAUCCUCCGCACCGUCGUCCGUUGCUGCACUGCCCACAUCGCUGACGAUGUCCUCGGUUGCAUCGUUACAUCCGCUGCAGCAGCACCAUCAGCAGCAGCACCAGCACCAGGGCGUGGGCGCUACUGGCGGGUUCUCGAUGCUGUCCACCAUCAGCACGGGCAGCGGCGGCGGCGGUGGUGGUGUACUGACAAACACCGUCACCACCAACGCGAACAGUGCCACCGACCUGACGACGGUACUGCCAGCGGCGAGCAGCAGCAGCAGCACCACGACAACCAUCCUUGCAUCCGCCGCCAACCAGCGUCUACCGGGCCGGCAGAAGCUGAUGCUGUGUCCACAGAUACCGAAUCUUCUCAUCUCCACAACACAGGGCUACCCGGCACAGAUUCAGCAGUCGCCGCAUCACCAUCCGCAGCAGCAGUACGCCACGAUCAAGCAGGAACCGCCGGAAUCGCCCGGCGCGAAACACUUGCUACCGGUAACGCCCACAUCCAACACUGCCGGAUCGGUGUACGGUAGUAACAGCAACAGUGGUGGUGGUGGUGGCUCUACUGUGCCCUCCGGUGGUAGCAGUGGUAACGAACGGGACGCUUCCAAUGAGGAGGAGGACAUGGAAGAAGAUUACGGCGAGGGCGGCGAUGGUGGCACAGCGGAUGCAGCAGCUGCUGCAGAGAGCAAACAGUUCAUUCUGGCACCGACGCCGGCGCAACUAGGUCGCGCUCCGUUACAGCGGCGUCAGAUGAGCAGCGGCGGCUGCAACAGCAACAGCAACAGUAACAGUGGUAUGUUGCAAUCGGAGCAGCAGCAAUCGGCGGGUAGCAACAAUGGUAGUAUCACCCAGCAACAGCAGCAGCAGCAGCAGCAGACACCGAUGGAGGAUGACGGUGGUGAUGAUACGGCGAACACGUCGAACGAACAAAACAGCCACCACGCGCAUCAUCAACACCAUCAGCACGCCUCGAUGCCGUCCGCCCUGCCGACACCGACGUCCGCCUCCAUGGAGGACUACCACAGCCAGAUCUCGCCGUCCACCGCUAAGAAAGCCUUCUUUCGCAAGGCGAAGCCCGAUGAUAUGGAUAACGUUCUGCGACAGGUUGACUUUGAGAAAAAGUUUAAAACACUACCCCAGUUCAAGCCGGAAGAUUGUCACUCACCCAGUGCCAUUAUGGCGUCGUCACCACGUGUGUUCACGCAAAACUAUCGUAAAAAGCAAACCACGACUCACAAAACGCUGGUGCCGGAUGAAGAUCAGCAUAACAAUCUGCAUUCGGAUGGCAGUGCGCCUCCGCUGUCCAGUACUGCCACCCCGUCCAGCUCGUACGUGAUCGGGAAUCGAUUCUUCGGACCGGAUUUCAACAUGGAACAGUACAAAGAAAUGUCGGCAGAAAUGGGCCGGGGAGCGGUGGGAACUGGCGCCGGAAUGGGCGGCGGUCCCGGUGCUGACGAUCGUUCGCCCCGAACGCCCAAAACGCCGUCGCAACGGUCGGUCAAUUCGGCGGAAGAAAAGGGUCACCGGAAGAUACUCGAGCAGCGGCGCAACCUGGUGGUGCAGCUGUUCAACGAGCACGGAAUGUUUCCGUCAACGCACGCCACCAACAGCUUUCAGUUGGCACACAGCGACAUAUUUCCGAACAAGCAGAGCCUGCAGCUGAAAAUACGCGAAGUGCGCCAGAAAUCGAUGGCCCAGCAGCCAGGUUUUACGCCACAGUCCGCUGGUCCGAUCACUCCGACCGAAAUUAGCGGUGGUCAGUCCGAUAGCAACCAGCAACAUUCGUUGUUGCAUCAGCAGCAGCAGCAGCAGCAUACUCAACAGACACAGCUUCACCAUCAACAGCAGCAACAGGAGCACAGCAUCAACUAACUCUACUCGAUAGUGUGUCGGACGAUAGGCUUUAACAGUUUAACAGUUAAAGGUAAGAGCCCAGAAAAAUAGCUGACGAGCUGGUUUCCUCGCGUUACGAAUGGGAUGACAAAUAGUAAACACGAAUACACGAUAUCAUCAAAAUACAAAUCAUCAAUUACAAAUUAGCGGGAAUGAUACAACAAAGCGAGGGGAAGCGAAGGAAUAGAGAGAGAAUAACAAGAGAAAGGUGAUAGUGGUAGGUGGUAAAAAUUUAAGCUGCUAAAAGUGAACGAAGUAAUAUUGUGUGUAAAGAGAUGCCAGCGCGCUCACCACACAUUUGCGUUUUGUUUCGUGUUCUUGCGCAUACAACCUUCACUUUCCAAACGGCAAAGCAAAGGUUUGAGCGCGGACAAAAAUGUUCUUCCGUUUAGCGAUUAAUGAAUUGCCAGAGUUAUAUUAUAGCAAAAGCAGCAAGCAAGUUGGUUGGUUGGUUACGAACUUUAAGAAACGAGAGAAAAAAACGAUUUAUAUCGCAAACGAUGAAGUAAAACUUCAUAUCCGAGUAGCAAACUUCUUCUUAACUAUAUACAAAAACAAUAACACUCUUUUUCCCGCAAUCAAUGCCAAUACCAUAACGCUCUACAAUAGCCCCCAAUUAAUAUAAUCAUCCUUACAGCAAUAAUAGUGUCGCCAUUCCUCCUGCUAUAUAGUUGCGUUAUACAGCAUAGGACCUCAUCAUACGUACGACAGAUCGCAGUUACAUACGACUGGAGCGGAAGCAAACAUUUAUCGCUAUUUUUUGUUCUUCUUCUUCCUCUGUUUUACGUACUGCAAACAAAUCAUCUACAAAACACACAUUCGCACACACGCAUACAAUAGCUUUAUGUUAGGGAGCUUCUUAAGUACGUCGUUUCUUAUUUGUAUCCUUGACUAAGAGCUGCAGAUUGAUGUGUAAAGAGAGAAGUAAAGCGCACGCACGCAAGAUGUUGCAACCGAAUGUGUCUGUUCGUAGGCACUGCUCCCUUGCAGGGACAGUUUCGUGGAACAAGCAGAUUCCUUAUUAGCUCUUGUUUGUUUAGAGAGGACUCCGGUUUAUUGUUUUCGUUUAUUCUUUAUAGUCUAUGCUUACGACGCCGCAGCCGGCAGCAACAAUCGCACUUGAUGUGUGAUUGUUCUCAGUGCGCGGUGGGCAAAAGUGUACAAAGCAAGCAGCAAGAUCGUGAUGAUGAUGAUGAUGAUGUUAAUUGUGUAAAUUUACGUUCUGUGAAGAAGUUGUUUGCGUGUGUGUGUAACGCCACACCGAAUGUGAUGUAGUAGAUGUGUAAAGCAGAUUAUAGAAAACAAUUGCAACAAUAUGCUAUGCUGUACAUAAAAGAAAGUAUAUCAUCCAAAAUGACAAGUAGCAAUCAUGUUUCUAUAAUUGAUUACGAGUAACUUGAAGCAAGCCGUUCAAUUGAAUGAAAGCAAAGGAAUGGAACGAAAGUACUCACAAAUCGUCGUAAACCACGUACACACUUUUCGUGUAGACGGGGAAGACAGCCAGCCAAGCCAGCGCGCGGGAGGAUCUAUCCGGUGAUUUUAGUUUUAGUAAAUCCCUAUCAAAAAGGUAUAGAGAAAGAGCAAACGCGUUCUAUAAAAAGAAGUUAUUUUCUCCCGAUUAUUAUCUUAAGUUAGGAAGAAAAAGAUGUCGGGGAAGAUAGAAACGAAAGAGAUAUGCAUAGAGAGGGCUAUGGAGCAAUAUAUGAUAUCAGUGCAAGCGUGCACGACACAUCUGGUUGCUAACAGCAACCGAAAGAGGGUGAACGUGGUCGCGUGUUUGUAUAUACUGGACAUCACGGGAACACAUGUGAUGUGUGUGAGUGUUUGUGUGUGUUUGGAUCCCUUUUAGCGUCUUUUCCCCCCUCCAUGGAAUGAACUUGAUUAGAAACAGCAACAAAAGUAUGUGGUAUUUGUAUUAAUGAAUUGGAUGACAGAAACAGAACAACCCUAUAAAAAAGUGCCCGCCAUUAUUGUUUCCAUUGUUUUCACACAAUUGGUAUAUCACACAUUGUUUGUUUGUGGGUGUUUAACAAGCAAAAGUACAACAAAUAUACUGAUCGUAGUGAAAUUUGCUGAAAUAUAGUAAAUAUAUGGAGCGCAGCUUUUCCGUUAGUUCGUCCUGUGUGUGUGUGUGUGUGUUUUUGAUAAUGAAAUUAGAGGAAAUGGCGUACGUGUGUGCACUUUUGUAACCGAGGUAUUUUGCCUUUGAUGAAUUGAUACCAGGCACUGUAAGAAGAAAACAAGUAAGAUAAGCAGGAAACGCUGUAUAGAGGGCGUGAAAAGCGACCAGAGGAAGGAGAAAUGCUUGUUUUUGUAAGUUACAUUUCUAUGAUUUAUUACUUUUCGGGUUUCAUCAAACCAAUCAUACAGAAAGAGUACAAACGUAUUUGUUUACAUAAUGAACUAAAUUAUUCCAUCCAAAUUUGAUCGAUUUUAUCGAUACCUUCUGGUUCUGGUUAUACUUUUUCGUAUUAGUUUCGCAUUGCGCAUUUGACUUGUUAAUCCUUUGUUCCUUUUUUCUCUGUUCUCUUUUGUGUUGCUACUCUUUAGUUGUCUCUUUACCUUCAAACCAUUUUGCUUAAUAUUGACAACAGUUGGAUUGUUCGUGUCGGAAAUGGCUCCCUACCCUCAGUUAGAAUGCGCUCUCGUUUUUACAUAAAAGUGCAAACAUAAAGAUAUAAUCUUAAAGAUAAAAACACACACACACGCACCCGCACACACAAACCCAAUCCGACACGCUUUUUGGUGGGCCAUACGGAGGAAAAUGGAACAUGUGUUUUUCUCUCUCCGGGUUUAUUGAUAAACACACACAACACGACGCGUGCACUGCUGUGUUGCACGUUUGUUUCUUUUUAAUUAGUAGCGUAAGAUCGAUAGAAGAGAAAUUAAGCUGAUAAAACCACACAGGACACAGAUAGACAAAGGCUUGUUAUGAGCGAAAGAAGUGGCCGGUGGCAAGAGGAACUGCACGUUUGUUUUAUCUGUUCUGUUUUUAAAUUCAAUUGAGAUAAAGUAAAGCCACGGAAGCAAUUGAAAUUGCAAAGCGUGAAUGUAUUGGUGGAAAAAAAGGAAACAGGCUGAAAAAGGGGGAGCAGCAACAAACACAAAUGCGCGUGAUUGUGUGCCCCUGCAUUGUGUAGUAUGCAUUAUUGACACAUCAAGAAGAAAAAAUACAGGAUAAUGAAUGAUAUGUGUAAAGUGUGUGUCUGUGUGUAGAGGUAAACCGCCAUUAGCUGUUAGCGGAAAGAUGCGAUGCGGAAACAAACCACACAGCAAAAGUAAUUCUAGUAAACGAGUGAGCUAAUAGCAAACCCCCCCUUCAGUAGUUGUGCAAUUAGGAUAUAAGAAGGACACACCACAAAAUGAAGCUGCAUUGUGAAAAGAAUUAUCAUAUUGUAUAUGAUUGAUUUAUAGUAGAAAGCAUAAUUACUAUCUAGCGACAGAGCAUGGGCCAGAGCGGUUGAACAUAUACGAUAAUACGAUGGUACAUUUGUUGAACGAGAAUGUGUGUGGUGCGGGGGGCAAAAUCGCAUAUUAGCCAAACAAACACUCCCAGCACCCAGCACAAGUCUACAUCAUCAUUCUCCUAAUCCCAUCAUUCACGCCCCAUCCUCCUAUCCCCUAUCCCAUACAUUAAGCAACGUUCGGAAAAAUUAGGAAAAUCACAUUUACAAUUAUACUCUUCUCUACUCGUUCCACGCAAUGUGUGGACGGGGUGGGGGCGGAUGGGGGGUAUAUGUUGUGUGUUAGAAAUGUAGGUUUGAUGGAAGCCACCGUGGCCACACACGCACACCCAUACACAUAGAGACACAACAAACGGGCGACAAUGCUCUGAUGAUGAUGAUGAUGAUGAUGAUGUGCUAACAUAAACAAAAACGAACGAAUUUCUAAAGUUUUCCUCUUCUCUAACUCACGAUGCAAACAAACAGACAAACAAACUGGAAUGUUGUAUACACAGACACACAAACAAACAAACAAACAAACAAACAUGAACGAGCAAGUGAGAGAUGCAUUAUAUACAUAAUAAUAGUGGAAAUGAAAUGACAAAAUGAUCACACAAAUUAAAUGGUAAAUUAGAAGAAGAAAAUAUGAUAAAACAACAAACAAACAAACAAACAAACAAUGUUAAAAUGCCUGUAGGGCGACCUGAGAAAUGUAAACAUUUGAUAUACAACAAAAUGCGCACUCGCUAACUGAUAAAAAAAAGAAAGAGAGGGAAAGAAAGAGGGUAUAAACAAAUGAUAGCAUUGAAGCAUAGAAUUCCAACGCAGAAGCCGCGCAGCAGCACACUCUCCUCUUUAUGUUACGGAGUGUUGUGGCUCUAGUAGUGACAAUUUGAGGAAAAAAAGUCCAACAAAAUAACAUAUUUUUACCCCAAAACAAAAAUGGAAAGAAAAGGUUUGUGUUAGUAGUUAAAGUCGAGAGGCCAGGUGCAAGUGACACAAAAAAAAACUUCCAAAUACACAAAUGUUGAAGAAAA